UAUGGAUUCCCUACACCAGAGGGAUCUAGGCCAGGACUGCGUACCUUUUUCUUGGGUCCAGUUAGCCGGUUUCCUCCUCGAUUGGACAUCGUAUCUUAUCCUUAUCUAUCGCGUGCUACGAUAUGCAUGGCGUUGGGGGUAUUGUGGAACCACUGAGAGAGAAGGCAAGGGAUCCCUCAAGCUCAAACUCCCGUUCCGAUUUUUUUCGAUCUUCUACGCCAUCUCCCAACAGUCCAAUAAGACCACCGUCAAACUUGGCUGCUCCGUGGUAUUUUUCAAAACUCUUCUUGUCUACAGUAUUGGCAAGGACGCACCGGGCUCGUUCAGGAUUUGGUGCAGGGUGAAACCUCCCAAAUGGAUCAGAUUCACCUGGGGCAUACACGAAAAGAAAACCGCAAAAGUCCGACUGCCUGUUCCGUACUGUAAGACAUUUUUCACGAUUAUUCACAAGCCCAAGAAGGAUGCAGUUAAGUUCAGCUGCCAGAUCGGUCUGCUGAAGGUCCUUGUCGGCAUUACACUUGGAGACAAAUGGUGGAACUCCCUGAAACUCCAAACCAAGUUGAAGAAGCCUGGUGACAGGUACAGCGUUUCCAUGAAGAGUAAUAAGAAACAAACCAAACCAACCGAGACUGCCCAGACGCUGGAGGACAACGAUGACGCAUUGCGAUCGAUGGAAGAAGGCUAAGAAACUUGGCUAAGCGGGGAAGACAAUCUGUAAUGAGUAAUUUACGACAAUGAGUGAUACCAAUGCACUGCCGAGUAAGGUGCGUUCAAAAUUGAUUGCCAGUGAUAGCGGGAUGACCGAGAGUCCAGGCCCAGCGCUUGUCGCUGGGUGUCCCACUCGAGGGCCCCUGUAUGGAGUCAAUUAAAUCACUCUUUGUUUGGGAAUGCCGUGCCG